AUGGACCCCUCCUUGCCUCCACCUUCCCCUGCGAACACUUUCCCAGUCCUUCCAAAUUUUUCUCUGCCUUCCACUCCUCCGUCCACUUCUCCAUCGCCUAGCCUAGCAUCCACCGCUGUCUUCUGCUCCUUCCUCUCCCUGCUUUCCUUACUAGGCAUCAUUGGCAACCUGUACACUCUGGUUCUCCUUCUGAGGCGCAGGAGAAGCAGAAGGAGAAACGGAGUGGGACUAACCUGCUGCUUAACCCGAGUCCCCUCUUGCCUGUCCGACCCUUCCUCUCUGUCCCCCUCUUCGUCUCCACUCUCCUCUUCUUCUUCUUCGUCCUCUCUCCACCUCCAGGUGCUGAGUCUAGCUCUGGCCGACCUGCUCUACCUGUUCACCGCACCAUUCAUCGUCUACGACAGCCUAACAUCCGACUGGGCUUUUGGAGAAUUGGGCUGCCGUCUCCUCCUGAGCUUGGACCUCCUCACCAUGCACGCUUCUAUCUUCACCCUCACCGCCAUGAGUCUGGACCGUUACAGAGCCGUGGCGCACCCCCUGCACACCUCGUCCACCAACUCUUCAGGUCUACUAAGAGUCAGUUUAGCUUGGGGGCUAGCAGUGGCGCUGAGUUUACCCAUGAUGAUCACCCUGCACCUGGAGGAAGGGGAGAACCAGGAGGGACGGUUGUGCGUUCCGGCGUGGGACGAACAGAGCUCCAAGGCUUAUCUAAGCGUGCUCUUCUGUACCAGCAUUCUCGGACCGGGCCUGGCUAUAGGAGCUCUCUACGCUACUCUCGGACGACUCUACUGGGUGUCUCAAACCAGAGCUCCGUGGGGAACUGGCACUAGUACCGCUUGCCCCGCCCGUGCUCCCAAACCCAAAGUCUUGCUCCUGAUCCUGGGUAUCGUCCUAGCAUUUUGGGCCUGCUUCCUUCCUUUCUGGAUCUGGCAGCUUCUUCUUCUCUACCAGCCCGGCAUGCUAAGGACAGUACCGGUGGGCACUCAGGUGACAGUCAACCGGAUCCUAACAGGGCUGACGUACGGAAACUCUUGCGUGAAUCCGUUUUUCUACACGCUACUGACCGGGAAGCGAAGACGCAACCGGCCGACGCUGACGUCGGCCAAUCAGCUCUGCCGCAAGAGCAGUCCGCUGUAG